CUCUGGUUUCUUUCAGUGUUAGGAUUUUCGCUUGUAAAUUACCGGGACGAAAACACUCUUGUAUACAGAUGCGCGGAAAUUCCAAAAGAGUAAACAAAUGAAUCGAUAAGAUUAUAAACAGCUGUGUUGUGGUCGGCGAUGUUGUGCGAACAUUCAAGCGUUACUUGAUAUCUUUGUAAGUCUAGGUUUUUUUCUGUACCGUGUAAAUUAAUUUUCAUUUUAUGUAAAAUGUAGUAAUUAACUGUCUAGAUUCUCCUUUUAUGCUCGCUUUACUAAAAUUAGAAAAUAUUCAUAUAUUUUCAAUAUUAGAUUAUUUUCAUAUUUUAAUGUCAACUUAAACAACCCUUCACGCGACGGGCUUGAAAUGAUGAAAAUUAAAAUGAGCUCUCCAAUUUCUAAAACUGCUUGAAACCGCUUAAAAAUUAUGUAGAGAUAGGGAUAAAAAAAGUUCUACAAUGAAAAUGCCGGUGAAAACUCUGAGUGAUAAGGAAGGUGCUUGACCUAUGACGUGGGAUCAUCAUCACCAGAGGGCGUGUCCUAGAUCUCAAAUAAAAAUAGUCAUCAUCGGCAUCCACUAUCAGUCAUCGUUUGUCUCUGGUCGGCAACGUGCGCGUUUAUCUGAUACCCUCUUAAUGAACAACUUGCGCCCAUGUUUACUCAAUCUUUCUCAUUAAUCAAUAAUUGCUCGACCAUAAAAAUUUACAAACAAUUUUCCACAAUUUAAAAUACUACAGUGAACUAUCCGAUGUUUAUUCUAAAUAACAAUUCGUUUAAAAUUUCGAAAUUAAACUGAAAGAUAUCGGAACUCGGUGGGUCGAGGAGAAUUAUGCGUGGGGCGUGCGCAUGCGCGGUGGUGUGCGCGCUGGUGGCGCUGUGCGCGUGCGCGGGGCUGGACGAGCGCACGCGCGGCGCGGCCGAGCGGCAGCUGCUGGCGCUGCUGGGGCUGCCGCGCCGGCCCGCGCGCCGCGCCGCGCCGCCGCCCGUGCCGCGCGCCAUGCGCCUUCUCUACGAGGCCGACGGCGCCAUCCCCGCCGCCGCCGCCAACACGGCGCGCUCCUACCACCACACUCCCACCGAGCUCGACCAGCGCUUCCCCGCCGAGCACCGCUUCCGGCUCUACUUCAACCUGAGCGGCAUCCCCGGCGACGAGCUGGCGCGGGGAGCUGACCUCACCUUCCAACGAGUCGACGGAGUCACGGGCGCCCAGCGGCUGCUCCUGUACGAUGUAGUGCGGCCGGGCCGUCGCGGCAAGACGGCGCCUAUCUUGCGGCUCCUCGACUCAGUACCGUUGAGGGCCGGUAAAGGCGUCGUCACGGCGGACGCGCUCGGCGCCGCGCGGCGGUGGCUCUCGGAGCCUAAACAUAAUCAUGGACUAUUAGUGCGUGUGUUAGAAGAGGGUGAGCAAAAUGUAGACGCUAAACAACCUCAUGUGAGAGUGCGGAGACGUGCCACGGAAGAAGACGAGGAGUGGAACACGCGGCAACCGCUGCUGCUGCUGUACACGGAGGACGCGCGCGCCCGCGCCGCGCGGGAGAGCGGCGAGACGCGCCUGGUGCGCAACAAGCGCGCGGCGGCGGGCCGACGCGGCCACCGCGCGCACCACCGCCGCAAGGAGGCUCGCGAGAUCUGCCAGCGCCGGCCGCUCUACGUGGACUUCGCGGAGGUCGGCUGGAGCGACUGGAUCGUGGCGCCGCACGGCUACGAGGCCUACUACUGCCAGGGCGACUGUCCGUUCCCGCUGGCCGACCACCUCAACGGCACGAACCACGCGAUCGUGCAGACUCUCGUGAACUCAGUGAAUCCGGCCGCGGUGCCGAAAGCGUGCUGUGUACCGACGCAGCUCUCCUCUAUUUCCAUGUUGUAUAUGGAUGAACUAAAUAAUGUGGUGCUCAAAAACUAUCAGGACAUGAUGGUGACGGGGUGCGGCUGCCGAUGACGAAGGCGCCCCCCACGCCCAGUGCGGACCUAGUGAUAACUCGUGGACCCAGUGUACAUAUAGUGACGGCCUCGAACAUUGUACAUACUUAUUUGUGUAUAUAUUCGUGUAAUUAUUAUUUUAUUAAAAUGCAGAUGUAAUAAAUGAUGUAAUUUUAAAUUGUA